AUGCUCGAACCUCACGGUAGCCCAAUGAAGUGGCUGGGCCAGGGAGGCGAGGAAGAGGCGGGCGAACCAGGCAGGUCGCAGGCUCGCGCUCAAGACGACGCCUCAGUGCACUAUGUGUUCCCGCGCGACUCCCAGGAAGAAAUGCCCUCGCUAGCACCCAAACAGCGCUGGGCGGUCGGCGAGGACUCUAUCGCGGAGAAUCAAGACAAAUGGAAGAAUCAUUCUCAAAUGCCUAUGAAUAACAUUCAGCAUCAAGCUCAAGUUCAGAUUAAAAACUCUCAGUCAAAUCCUCAUCAAUACAUGAAUCAAGCAAUAGCCUCAUCUGUUGGCACGCUAGCUAUAAACCCAUCAAUUAUCGGUAGCCAUCCUGCUCAUUUGACUACAAACAUGGUUCACACACAAUUGGCACCUAUGCAGAACCACACUCUGGGAAAUAACUUAACUAUACAGAACAGUGCAAUGAUGCUGCCACCCCUCCAAGGGAUGCAGAAUGCACCUCAGUUGGGACAGCAAGGCAUUUAUGAUAUGCAUCAACAUCCUGGGAAUCCAAUGCAGCCUAUGAAUGGAAUAGGCAAGAAUGCUGAACACCUAAUGUAUUUGAGCCAGGCUGGAAUGCUGGCACCAGGAACAAACCAAUAUUUACAGCAAGGACAGAAUCAACUGGGCCUUACACAAGUAGCUACUAUUAGAAAUCAGAUUGCACCUGCUGCAAAAAAGUUGUGGGACAAAGGGCCAGGUGCGGGUGGUGACAGCAAGGGCCAGCAGCACCUUCCUCCGCUGCAACUCAACCCCGAACAAAUGUGGCGCGACCCUACUUGGUCCGCUCAAGCAGUGGAACACAAUGUGGGAGUACCGAUGAUGGGCACCCGCCGCGGCGUCACGUUUCCCGGCGGAGAUGCGGGCAGCAUCCUCUCGCCGCGCGACGCGGCUGGCCUCGGCGUCAAGAUGGUCGAGUACGUGCUCCGAGGCUCGCCUACAGAAGCUGGUGGCGUGGCGGGCGGCGGCGAGAAGGUGCCGGGCGUGGUGACCGGCCUGCGCGGGAUGGUGUUGGAAGAGCGCGCCGACGACAAGGCGGGCUCGCCCUUCGACAAGGACAUGCACGAGCUGCACGACCACGCGCCCAUGCCCAACGGCCUGCACAACGGCCAGGAGGACGACAAAGCUUUCAACCGAACGCCUGGAUCCCGGCAGCCAUCGCCCGCGGAGGAGGAGGGUGGGGUGGGCACGGUUAGCAACGUGGGCGUGGGCGGCGUGAACAUGGGCGUCGGCGUGGGCAUGGGCGCGAUGCGCAACGGUGACGCCUUCCAGAUGCUUCCGCCGCACGCGCUGCCCGCGCCGCAGCCGCAACAGCUCCACCACAUGCCGCACCUCCAGCAUCCGCAGCAUCACCCUGGAAUGUUAGGAGUGGGACCUCUGCAGGGGUUACCGCAUCCUCAACAUCCACAAAUUCAUCCUGGUAUGACUCUCAACGACUCAAUGAAUCAGCACAUCGAACUUGUAUUACAAAUGGAACAGCAUCCACAAUUCGACAACAACAGUUUCGCAAGCACACAACAGUACACCGGCGUCGGCGGUGUUGGUGGCGUGGGCGGGGUCGGCGGCGUUGGCGCGGUGGGCGGCGCCAGCAGCGGCGUGGGCGGAGCGGGGCUGGUCAACGGCGCUUCCGUCGUGCAGCCGGCGCCGGACUCCGCGCAACAUCACCAGCCCUUCGAGCUACAGCAGCUCUUUCGGUCACAACAAGCCGCGGCGGCCGGCGGGCAGGCGGCGGCGGCACAGCUGCAGCUGCUCCAGCAGCAGCAGCAGCAACAGUUCCAGCUGCAACAACAACUGGCCGCGCAGCAGGCCUUCACACAGACGCCGUAUGUCAUCAACGCGGGGCAAGAGGGUGCGCCCUACGUGAGUGCGCUCAUAGCGGGCGUGCCGCCCUACUACGGAGUGGCGGCGCCGUGGGGCGUGUACCCCGGCCUGGUGGCGCAGCCGGCGCAGCAGCAGGCGCAGCAGCCGCGCAGGCCGCUCACGCCGCAGCAGGGCGAGCAGCAAGUGAACGGCCAGGGCCAGUAUGUGAUCCCCUACUACGACCCCGGCUCGCUUGUGAUGGGCGGCCGCAAUGGCACGCCGCUGAGGCUCGUGUCCCCGGGCGGCGUACUUGCGCCGAGGCAGUACCCGCCGGCGCCCGCGCACCCUGCUGCCACGCCCGCCUCCGCGCAACCGCAGCAGCAGCAACCGCAACCCGGCGGCGGUGCGGUAGCCGCGCGGCGCGACUCGCUGGAGUUCGGAGGCGGGCCCGCGGGCGCGCUGCAGGAGUACGCGCGCAAGUGGGGGCCCUCGCCGCUGUCGCCGCCGCUCGGCGCCGCGCUGGGCCCGGUGGGCCUGCGCCCCGUGUCCGCCGCGCCCGGUGCCGAGACUGCCAAAUACAGAACCGUCAGCAAUUUAGCGCAGGGCUUAACAUCGAAUGGUGGAAUGUUCGGAUCAUCAUCAUCGUUAUUGAGCAAACUUAGUGGGGUCGGAACUAUCUCAGAAUUAGUGGGUGGUGGCGUUGGUGGAGUGGGCGUCGGCGUCGGCGUGGGCGUUGGGUCGGUAGGCACGCUGGUACCGGGCGACAAGCCAGCCGCAGGCCGAUCGCGACUCCUGGAGGACUUCCGCAACAACCGCUUCCCCAACCUGCAACUACGAGACCUGGCCAACCACAUCGUCGAAUUCUCACAGGAUCAGCACGGGUCAAGGUUUAUUCAACAAAAACUAGAAAGAGCAACAAGUCAAGAAAAACAAAUGGUAUUCAAUGAAAUAAUCGGAUCAGCAUAUAGCCUAAUGACAGAUGUAUUUGGAAAUUAUGUAAUUCAGAAAUUCUUUGAAUUCGGCACGCCGGAACAGAAAACAACGUUAGCGCAAAAGGUGCGCGGACACGUGCUGGCGCUGGCGCUGCAGAUGUACGGCUGCCGCGUGAUACAGAAGGCGCUGGAGUCCAUCCCCGCCGAGCAGCAGCAGGAGGUGGUGCGCGAGCUGGACGGACACGUGCUCAAGUGCGUCAAGGACCAGAACGGAAACCAUGUAGUACAAAAAUGUAUAGAAUGUGUAGAGCCUAAUGCACUGCAGUUCAUAAUAAACGCGUUCGCGGGGCAAGUGUACGCGCUGUCGACGCACCCGUACGGCUGCCGCGUGAUCCAGCGCAUUCUCGAGCACUGCACGCCCGAGCAGACGGCGCCCGUGCUCGGCGAGCUGCACGCGCACACCGACCAACUCAUACAGGACCAGUACGGCAACUACGUGGUGCAGCACGUGCUGGAGCACGGUGCGGCGGAGGACCGGUCGCGGCUGGUGGCGGGCGUGCGCGGCAAGGUGCUGCAGCUGUCGCAGCACAAGUUCGCGUCCAACGUGGUGGAGAAGUGCGUCUCGCACGCGACGCGCAACGAGCGCGCGCUGCUCAUCGACGAGCUGUGCGGCUUCAACGACAACGCCCUGCACGUGAUGAUGAAGGACCAGUACGCGAACUACGUGGUGCAGAAGAUGAUCGACGUGGCGGAGCCGACGCAGCGCAAGGUUCUGAUGCACAAGAUCCGGCCGCACAUCGGCUCGCUGCGCAAGUACACGUACGGCAAGCACAUCAUCGCCAAGCUGGAGAAGUUCUUCAUGAAGGCGCCCGAGCUGGGCCCCAUCGGGCCGCCGCCGCCUGCCGUCUUGUAGUCGGCGUACUGAGUAUUAACGUCCGCGGGGAAGGCUGAUGCGACGGUGCGGGUGUCCCCCGCCUAUUAUAAAUUGUGUGAAUAUUUCGAUUGUACAUUUUUACCGAUAGCUCGCCGCCUCGGCAGCCCGGCCUGUACAUAUAGCGGCAGACUGAUGUACAGAUUCGAUUACUGAAACCAUAGUUGUACAGCGUCGACGCCGAAAGUGCCCCGCCGUCGCGUCACCGUGCUCCACCGUCGUGUCACCGUGACCCGCGACCGCUGCGUCUAUAGCUACUAAGUGUUCUAGUAUUAUUCGUUGUUCGUAUGAAUCUAUGUAUAAAUAUUUGAACGUCUCUCAUUCUCGUGUAAUUUAUGAAUCGAAGGAAGGCUGCGGUCGGAUAACCCGUGCGUUUCCGUAAUUUAGCUCGUUGUAGAUUUAAUAUUAGCUGGGCUAGGGGGGACCUUGAAUCUUCGAAGUGAUGAAUAAUGCCGCGGGCAGUUCUAGACAAUCGGCACUAUAGUCGUGAUUAUGUUAAUUUUAUGUUGUAGUGUUCAAGUCGAGCUCUCGUUUAAGUUUAAAACCGGCUUAAAAUCGUACAUAGCUUAUCGAAUAUUUUAGCGCCGGAGUGUAUAGUUUGAUUAUAAUUUUGUGAAAAUGAUAUUUUUGUAUAUUUUAAUGUAACUGUGUAACUUAAGUUAUUAGUAGAGCCGAGCGGGCGAUGCUUUAGUUGUGUAGGUUAUAGUGAUGAUUGUAGAGCUGUGCGGUGCAGUCCGAGCUCCGAGGUCUGCCUUGCCGGUUGCACGUCACAAGCGUAGCUGCUACUCAUUCCCCCUCUGUAAUUAAUUUAUAGGAAGCAUAGUUUCCUACGACACCUCAGAUUUUUUACGUCUAGAUGUAAUUGAAAAUAAAAUUAUUGUAUAUGGCUGUACAAAAAUGUUAACAAAAUGAUGAUUUGUAAAACCUGUAUGUGAUGGAAUGAGGCGGGGCGGCGAGAGUGGCGACGUGCGGCGUGCGAUCGCGGCUCCGGCCGCCUCGUCGCGUAGGUUGUACUAGAUAACAUUUAUAUGAUGAUCCAUCUAAUUAGACAUUAAUUAAUAAAGCAUUUCUGUAAUAAUAUUACAAAGA